ACCCUUCUUUGUUUCUUACAUUUCUUGUUUUUUUCUUCAUCAAAAUGUCCCUUUCUGGUAAAAUCAGCAUUGAAAUUGAGGUUCAUGCAACUGCUGCAAAGUGGUUCAACCUCUUCGCAACUCAACUCCAUGAAGUUCAAAACCUUACUAACAGAGUGCAUGAAACCAAGCUGCAUCAUGGUCGUGAUUGGCAUCACAAUGAAUCCAUCAAACAAUGGACUUCUACAAUAGAUGGUAAGGUGACAAAAUGUCAGGAGAGUAUUGAAUCUGUUGAUGCAGCGAACAAAAGAAUCAGCUACAAGCUGUUUGGUGGAGAUAUUGGUAAUAAGUAUAAGGUGUUCAAGCUGAUAUUUGAAGCCAUUGAUAAAGAAAGUGGUGCUAUUAUAAAAUGGACCAUUGAAUAUGAGAGGAUUGAAAAGGAAGUUGAUCCUCCUUAUGGGUACAUUGAAUACCUGCACACUGGAAGUGGAGAGAUUGAUGGCCAUCUUAAGGCAUAG